UCACUACUUUGUCAGGACCUUCAUCCCAGUGAACCUUUGCCAGGAUCAUCCCCUCUGGUUCCCCUCUUCUCUUUGAGUUCUCUAACCUUUCCCUUUGCUGCUUCUCAUUAUAAGUAUUCGUUCAGCUUUGUAGUGCAUCAUGAACUGCUGAUAACCACACCUAAAAGCAGCUGCCAUGCCAAUCUGCACUGCAAAGAAUUUCAGAACUAUGAAAACAAGAAGUUCUUCAAAGCUGUUUCCCACACUUUUUUUCCCUCAGGAAUGCAUGUGAUUACAACCUAAGCGGUGUGACACUGCACCCCUCCACUGACAGUCAUAUAAGAAAUGAUGCCUGAGAGCAGCAAUUCAUUUAUUCAAGGGGCCCAUAAAAACGGCAUUAUUCAUUAACCCAGCCCUGCCACCUCACUGUCCUUCAACUGAUUUAUUAAACACUACCAAGUUUUACAUUUUCGAAGUACAUUUAUUAAUUAAGCUGGAUUAUAGAUGUAAUCUGCUUCAUGUAACUUGUUUCCUGAUUGAGUACACAGAUGUCUGCACAAUUUUUAAUCAUCAGGAGAGCACCCAGCACACUCACUAUGGCAUUUUCCAUUUUAAAAUCUCAGUAAUUUUUUAAAUUUAUAGUUUUAGUAAAUCCAGAGGCUUUCUGCAUUCUGAUUUAUGUUCCUCUCUGCUACCACUCCUCUGUUUUCUGAAUUGAGGUUUAUACAGGUUACUCGUGUAUUGGUAGCAGGGAUUAAAGUAGCACAUCUGUGCCCUUUCAUUUGUUUAAUUACAACAAACACAGGCAACUCAAGUGAUGAACAGUGAAAAAAUGAACAGUGAGACGCUAUGAAGGAGCAGUAAGGGUUGCAGAGUUGAACAUUCAGUGCAUUGGGCAGAACAGUGGAUCUCACACAGGAAGUGGGAGAGCAGCCCAAGUCUUUCCAUUGCUGCUCAAUGAACUACUGUUGGAAACAGCAGCUCAGUAUGAGCUCAGGCAUUUGGGAGCGAGAAGUCCCCACAACCAGGACAGACCAUUUAGUCUUCAUCCUGAGGACAGAAUGACUGGAGCAGCACCGAUUCCAAACAAGCCCUCCAUGCUAAUUUCUCAUUGAUUUUCUUUGAAUGAUAGAAGACAUGAACAAGACGAAAGGAAGCGACACUUUUCCAAAAACACUUCCCUCCAGAACAGGGGAUGUGCAUCCCCACCACCCAUCCAUCCCUCUAUAGACAGGGCAACAGUUAGACAUGGCACUGAGCAGACAUGCUGACCAAGCCAGCAUUCAUUUACCAGCCACAAAAGCUUGAUGAAUUAACAGCUACAAGAGACAGUAAUCGUUAACUAAAACCAUGUUCUGAGAGAGUUUUCCAGAAUUCCCCUCACUGGAAGGGCAGCACUGCAGGAGCUGUGAGCACCAUUUCUGGCACUGAGCAGCAAUGGGACAAAGACUGAAUGAUAACAUGGGAACAAUGGGAAAGUCUCCUCCAUUGGGUGCACAUUCUGUGCUGUGCUCUUUCUCUCAUGAGUUACAACAUCCACUACAGCAAACUGCCUGAGCCGCAGCCUCUAUUCAUUGAGCUUCCCUUCAAGUCGGUGACAAUUUUCUAUCUGCUGUACCUGCAGCUGUGCCCUAAUGUAUUUUGAGCUUUUCUAUUUAUUUCCGAGCAAUAUUCUAUUUUUAUCUGUAAGGAUCCAAAAUAUUCCAACCUUCCCGCUCACUGCUACAGCUCUGCAAGUCCGGUAAAUCUGAACUGUUAAUUUUUCACUUAUUAAAAACCCCAAAAGUCCUAAUAAAAGCACAGUGAACAGUUCGGGCGGAUGACAUUUCAUCUAUUAUCUGUUUGGUGUCAGACACCAGAAGCGACCAGGGGCAGUUCCUUCCUAUACUUCUUUGCUGUUAUCUGGAAAGUUUCAGCAGGCAAACAGUUAAGAUAGAGGGGGGAGGAGGAGGAGGAGGAGGAGGGAGGGUGGCCUUCCCACCCAUUCUCAUCAUCCAGCACACUCUGCGUGCAGCACUGGGGUUAAAGCCUCGGAGGUAAACCACGACUAUUUAUAAUCAUCAGCAAUGUACUCUACGUAUCUGAAAGUCUGAUUUCAGGCCUUUUAAAGACCAUCUCUGAACAGCAGCACCAGAAAUUUGGAGAACCUCAUAUUUUCUCUUAUUACUGUGAAACAGAGGACGUUUCUUCUGAAGCUGAACAGCACCGCUGCAGAAUAAAUAUGCUAAGCAUCGCAGGAAACCAGAUUGAGUCAUGUUAAUGUUUAACCCCUUUCAAUUAUACCAAAUUUCCACACAAGCAACAGAAUGAAGAACGCUGACUGAAUGCUGCUGAAGGACAACGGGACUCUAUUAUUUCUAUUAUGCUGCCUUCUCCUGGCUGACUCUGGAAAAGAGCAGACCGAAAAGCACCGCUGAUAGAACACAAAAUGGAAGAAUCCUCCACCAAACACACAGAUCCACUUUCUGGAAUGCUCAGUGGAAAAGAGGCAUUAUUUCAGCAUGGAAUUCAGCACAUACCGAUAACCCGCAUGCCUAAUUAAGCUAUGAUCAGAAGACGGUAUCUGGAUCAUAGAAGAUGAACCCACUGGAUGCGACAAAAUCAGGAUUUUUACUGUGCAUUGCUGUCUGUACGUUCAUCUGCACUUUCAUCUACCUGAAGGACUCACUUUCUACAGAGCCGGACGAACAGAAAUUUAGCACCAAUAGAGCAGAGUGUGGAUUUUACCCAGAUGAACUUUGUUCAGCUCUUUUCAUGGGGAAAACUGCCGCUCUUAAAAUUGGAAGCAUUUGUCAGAACACCUACAGACCUGCAGCACUCAGCUGUGUUCAGACCUCAUGCAACUGUUCCACGGUUUUGAAGGCUCUGCACUUUAUAACGAGACCACUGUCAGAUGAAGAAGGAAGUUUCUCACUGGCGUACAUUAUCACAAUUCACAAGGAGCUGGAAAUGUUUGUAAAGCUGCUAAGAGCCAUUUAUAUGCCUCAGAAUAUUUACUGCAUACAUGUUGAUGAGAAGUCACCAUCAGACUAUAAAGCUGCUGUACAGAACAUUGUAAAUUGCUUUGAAAAUAUUUUUAUUUCCUCAAAGAGGGAAAACGUCGUUUAUGGAGGAUUUUCAAGGCUACAAGCUGAUAUUAACUGCAUGAGAGAUCUGGUUCACUCCAAAAUCCAGUGGAAUUAUGUUAUUAAUCUGUGUGGCCAAGAUUAUCCUAUUAAAACAAACAAAGACAUUAUAAAAUAUAUCAAAAGUAAAUGGAAUGGUAAAAAUAUGACUCCUGGGGUAGUCCAACCACUUCACAUGAAACACAGGACACAGGUUAGUUACAGAGAAUACGUGCGUUCUGGAAUGUCAUACGUGUAUCCAACAAAGAAUGCAAAAACUAAACCUCCAUACAACUUGACGAUAUAUUUUGGUAGUGCCUAUUACAUAUUAACUAAAGAAUUUGUAGAGUUUACACUGACUGAUGCACGUGCAAAAGGCUUGCUGGAAUGGUCAAGAGACACGUACAGUCCGGAUGAACACUACUGGGUCACGCUGAACCGCCUGCAUGAUGCUCCAGGUGCUACACCAAACGCAGACUGGGAAGGAAACAUACGAGCCAUUAAAUGGAAAGAUCAAGAAGGAACUGCACACAAAGGCUGCAAAGGUCAUUACAUCAGAGACAUUUGUGUCUAUGGACUGGGGGAUUUACAGUGGAUUAUUGAAUCACCUCACUUGUUUGCCAACAAAUUUGAGCCUGCAAAGUAUCCACUCGUGAUGGAUUGCCUAGAGAGACGCUACAGGCUUAAAGUGCUGCACCAGGCUGAGGUCCCAAUUGAAGAUGACUGGCAUUUCCAGGACAAUAACCAUUUCAACAUGAAGCUGAACGUUUGAGGUUAACUGAAAUGUAAACAUAUACCCCAAAUACUGAGAACCCAUCGAUGUUUUCAUCCAUAGACUCCAUUUGCCUGGUGUACUGCACUCACCCCCAUGCUGUAAUUCUGUACUACUGUUUCACCAGUGAAAUAAGCAGUUAGUGUCACUCGCUACAGUAAAAACAAGAGCAACAACUGCUAAAGGAUUAAUUCCUAGAGAAAAUGACAUCUGUUACAAGGGGGAAGUUCAUAAUCUUCUAAGCGACCCAUUUAACUGAAAAACACACAUUCCCCAUGUCUGUACCUGAAGAAAAAGGAGGACUAAGUGGUAUAAAGGUAACAAAAUGGAAGUAAUGGCCGAACAAAGAUGAAAUAUGAAUACAACAAGUUAAUUGAAAUUGUGUCUGGUGUCUGCUUUAUAAAACAGAUAGCUCUGAGUAACAAACCUGUCACUAAAGCUGCAGAGCUUGCAGAGAAGCAGGUGACAGCCAGUUUCAGACACAGCCCAUUUCACUGUUAUUCAUGGCCAGCUGCGUCUCUAAUUUCAUCGUGUAGCAUGGCAACACCACCCGUGCACUGUCCAUGCUUUGCUCGUACUGAAAAGGGCGUUUGCAUCAGUAACAGUAGUAGGCGUCCUGCAACGUGUGUUUACAUUUACAAGUCUUUGUUUUUUGAUCCCCUGCAGGAGUUUAGGGCCAGGAGACAUGGAAACGGGAGGUCAGGGAACAAAGGAAAAUGGAGUGAAAAGCUGUUUUUCAAUCCCCACAGCUUUCCUGAAUCUUGACAGUAACUGGAGAUAACACCCAGAAGCAUCCAGGAUAAGGAUCUCAUUUCCCAGAUCCUUUGCAACCAACUGCAGUUCUAAUUAGCCUGCACUAAGGAAGUGGCUUUUCAUAUUCAACAUUCAUAAGUCAUAACAGGGAACAGUAACAUAAAGAGAAUGAGGAUGCAGCCCUCUUCCAGGUAAGAGCUGCAUCUUCCCCUCCUUAAGGGCUCUUAAGCGAGUUCUUUCAGUUGUGCCACAGAAGAGACUGGAGACUGAUGGGGAGACAGAAUAGAGUUGGUUAUGAAUUCUGAGAAGUCACCUCAGUUUUUUCUCCUUUAAAAGGUUUCUAUUUUUUGCAAAAAUGCAGCCAAAAAUUUAAUUCUGUUAAAUCCAAACAAGCUUCAAUUCUUUGUAUUAUCUCUGAUGGGAAAAAAUAUCCUCUUCCUUAUUAGUGCACUCGAUUAGAAACUACCAGUUGUAAAGAAAUAUCUAUGAGCAAUUUAGAUGUAAACUUCAACAUACACCCCACAUAGCACUCAUUUUGCAGGAAAACUCACUCAAAGAGCAAAUAUUUGUCAAAAAACAAACAAACAAAACAAAACAAAAAAAGAAUCAACAAAUGCCCUGCAGCAGAACAAACACAUUUCCUGGAACUGUAGCGUUUGUUUUCCCACACAAGUUUCUUGGAAACAAUGUUUAUCAAAUGGACUUUAACCUAAAGAAGGACCAUCUUGUCUCUAUUUAUUCAGAGAAACUUUUAAACUUAACCCAAAGGCCUGGAUUCAGCCUCAUGUGGAGCUCACGGCCUACCCUGGGACUGACUGCUGCUGAAAAUGUUCUCCUUAUGGAAGGAAAAAAACCAAGUCACUCAGCACAUUCAGCUGGGCAUGUUGAACAUCCCUCUGAAACCAGUACUGAUACUGUUGGGUCUCUGCAUAUGUUAGAGGGAACAAAACACAUAACAACAACUCUCCAAACCACAGCCAUCCUGCUGCAAGGUACUCCCAGCACUUCUCCACUCCAGGCUGGUUUUAAAAGCACAAAAGUAACAUUUGUCGUUGGUGUCUCUGUAGGAAAAGCAGUACCUAGCUUACACUGUUCAUCACUGCCAUGCAGAACAAUUGUGUUUCACCUCUGAAUUGAAUGAGGAGGUGAAAUUUGACAGGCACUGCUUUCACAUUGGCUCAGCUUGCAGAAACUGAUCAAACUGGGGGGG